AUGAUAACCAAACAAUGGCUUUCGCUUCGCGCGGCGCGGGCUCUCCUCUUGGACUCGAUCCACGUACUCUUCCAAGACUUCAGCCGGGGCAGGCUGGGGCUGUUGUCGACGCGUAACAUGCCAGCUGCUGGCGAAUCUACAUCCAUUCCCCAAGUUGCUCAAGCUCUCAUCGAGACCUUCAACACGGACGAAUGUAAGACUUUGAACUUUGCCCGUGCGCUCAAAGCUUUCGUCGAGGAAUCCGUCCAGGCCCUACGUGGUAUCUUUCCUGACACCACAAUCGUGGCCGCGCUCGAUCUCGUUGAUCGCGAAAGCGUGAUCAAGUAUAUUACACCAUGGAGUAGAGCGCACUAUCAAGUCAAUGGCACUUCCGCGACAUACGCGGUCUUCCUCUCCCUUCCAAACCACCAUUCCACCUACGUUCGUGCCAGCGCUAAUGUUCUGCCCACGGUCUCCCCUUCGCCUUCACACUACUGCACGUGUCCAGCCUUCGCGUUUAUGGUGCUCAUGGCCGAGUCUCACGUCAUGUGCAAGCAUGUACUUGCUGCGCUCCUUGCGGAGCGCCUCGGGCACCUCGCUGAGCGACCUAUCAACGGCGACCAGCUCGCAACCAUGAUGAUGGAACGCGCAGUGAUCGCAUAA